CUUCCAGCGUGAAAAUGACUCGCUCUCACACUCAGCUUGGAUAGUGGUGUGACUACGCCACACCGUCCGGGACUGUGUCUGAAAACUAGAGAAGUACCGAACCACACGCACUGGACACGUUACCGGGCUGAUCCUGCACCCCUCGCCGCGUCGAACUGCGGAGGUCCCGAGCGGGCAUUCAGCCGAACAUUACAAUCGUUGUCACCUCUGAAGUCGUGAGCGUCUGUGAUAAUUCACUCAUAUUACAGUUGGUUACCUGCGAGGUCGUCUGUAGUUGCUUUGGAUUAUAAAAAGUGGGGGGUUGUCCUUUACGCGUGAAAAGUGUCCACCGCUGCCAAUUCAGGUGGACACGCAAAGCCCUUCGCGGUCAAUGCCAUUCGGAGGACUGAACACACUUAAGUGUUAUGAAGAACGAAUGCUGGAGUAAUUGAAUUGAGAGAAGCAAGCAGAGUGGUGAAGACUGCCUUGAGGAUUUGAGAGAGAGAGAGAGGGGGAGAGAGCGAGAGCAGACGCAAGAGAGAGAGAGAGAAAGAAAGACGAAGGAAGAGACGAAGAGUUCUACUGGGAAUAGGAGGGAGAAUCGGCAACGGGAACAAUGGGGAGGAAAAAGAUUCAGAUCGCGCGGAUCAUGGACGAGCGGAACAGACAGGUGACGUUCACCAAGCGUAAGUUUGGCCUGAUGAAGAAAGCCUACGAGCUGAGCGUGCUGUGCGACUGCGAGAUCGCCCUGAUCAUCUUCAACAGCACCAACAAGCUGUUCCAGUACGCCAGCACCGACAUGGACAAGGUGCUGCUCAAGUACACCGAGUACAACGAGCCCCAUGAGAGCAGGACCAACUCAGACAUCGUGGAGACUCUGCGCAAGAAGGGCCUAAAUGGCUGUGAUAGCCCCGACAUUGACGCCGACGACUCCGGCCACAGCCCCGAAUCUGAGGAUAAGUACCGAAAAAUCAAUGAGGACAUCGACCUCAUGAUCAGCAGACAGAGGCUGUGUGCCAUACCCCCUAACUACGACAUGCCGUUAUCCAUCCCGGUCAGUAACCCCAACAGCCUGAUAUACAGCCACCCUGGGGGGUCCCUGGGUAGCCCCAACCUGCUGCCGAUGGCCCACCCCUCCAUGCAGAGGAGCAGCAUGUCCCCCGGGGCCACACACAGGCCCCCCAGUGCUGGGAACACAGGCCUGAUGGGUGCGGACAUGACUGGUGGUGUGGGCGGCAAUGCUGGUAACGGAUAUGGGAACCACCGUAACUCCCCUGGUCUGCUGGUCUCUCCAGGAAGUAUGAGCAAAGGGAUGCAGGCCAAGUCCCCGCCCCCCAUGUCCAUGACCAUGAGUAACCGCAAGCCUGACCUGCGCGUGCUCAUACCUCCAGGGUCGAAAAACACCAUGCCCUCUAUCUCUGAGGAUGCUGACUUACUGCUGAAUCAGAGAAUAAACAACUCCCAAUCUGCCCAGUCAUUGGCCACCCCUGUGGUUUCCGUGACAACCCCCACACUGACAGGGCAAGGGAUGGGAGGGUACCCGUCAGCCAUAUCCACCUCAUAUGGUACAGAGUACUCUCUGAGCAGUGCUGACCUGUCCUCGUUGUCUGGCUUCAGCAGCUCAGGCUCUCUGCACCUGGGCUCCAUGAGCAGUUGGCAGCAGCAGCACCUGCAGAGCAUGCAGCACUCCUCCAUGACGCACCUGGGAAACUGCACUAGCAGUCACUUAUGUCAGAGUUCAAAUCUGUCCCUGCCCGCUGCUCAGAGCCUGCACAUCAAGUCCGAACCUGUUUCUCCUCCUAGAGACCGCAUCGGGCCUCCGCAGGGGGGCUACGCUGCGCCUCCUCCCCAGCAGCAGCAGCAGCAGCAGCAGCAGCAGCAGCAGCAGCAGCAGCAGCAGCAUCAGCAGCAGCAGGGCCAAUCCCAGCAGCCCUCGCUGCGUCAGGAGGCGGGGCGUUCCCCAGGCGACAGCCUAAGCAGCUGCGGUAGCUCGUACGAGGGCAGUGACCGCGAAGAGCAGCAGCAGCAUCAGCAACAGCGCGGCGACUUCCACUCGUCACUGGGGGCGCUGCGGUCCCCUCAGGAGGAGCACGAGAGCCCGUCCGUCAAGCGCGUUCGCCUCUCCGAGGGCUGGGCCUCCUGAUCGCCAUGGCGAUGAACGCCACUGCCACUUUCACACAAAUCCUACCACUCCCCCCUCCCCCCCCCAAAGGCCCCAAGUCCCUGAUCCCCCCCCCUCCCCCCAACACCAAUCUCCUCAGGGAGGGCUUCAUAUCUGAAAUGUAACUUUAGUAUUAUUAUUAAUAUUAUUAUUAUUAUUAUUUUUCUCUGCGGAGUGAGAGUGCUAUUAUGUAUUAAAGAAGUAUAUACGUUGCAGGGUGGGUGGGAAGAACGUUUUUGAGGUAGGGGUGCCAGGAGUGAGGGGGGGUGGGGGGGUGGCAUGCAUUGCUUGUGCCGUGUGUGGGGAAAACAAAGUCAAAACAAAACAAAAAAAAGUACAUAUUGUUCACGCAUAUACCUAUAUGAUGUAUGUGUACUUGUGUAUGCACACAAGCCAUACGCUUUUUAAAGACAAAAAAGAGAGAGAGAGAGAGAAAGAGAAAGAGAGAGAGAGAGAUAAGAAAAGAAAAGAAAGGAAGUCUGGUACUCUGUUUGGUAAAGCUACUUUUUAGUGCAGUAAUAUAUGGCAUAGUUAAAGUAUUUUUUAAAAGCGCGUGAAGAUGAGGCAGCACCUCGGGCUGCUGGGUUGAUGCCCCACAGUCAGACCCGACUAGCAUGGCCCUUGUCAGCGCGAACUAACUCACACAUAUAUUACCAUAAACAUUGUUGUGUUGCAGGUUCAACGUAUUUAUGUAAAUAGAGGGUGUGGGAAGGGGUCAAACCUGCCAGGAUUUGCAGAUGUAUUUACUAAAAAAAAGAGAGAAAACAGGAGGGAGAGAGAGAGAGAUGAGAGAGAGAAGGUUAUGAUGCAGCUUUUGGGAAAUGCAUCUUUGCAUCCCAGGGCAGCUGUCUAACUAGGGGACAGAGCUUAUACGGUUUGAGAAAGAAAGAUAAAUUAAUUUAAAAAUAAAUAAAAUUGAACAGUUGUAUAUGUUUUGUCCAUAUUUAGAUUGAAGAGCCUUGUUGAGAAAAGUAGUCUACUUUUGGGCCAGGUGUCUGUAACAAAAUCCCCGGUGGAAAAAAGGAUCUACUAUACAUUGUUGCUUAUAUUUUCGUAAAAAUGCAGAGCAUUUUGUUGCUAGCUGUUGAUUAUGUGAGCCAGAAUGUAAUUAAGCUUUGCCAAUGUUAAACAAGCACAGUGAGGGAUAGCAAUAUGGACCCCACCCCUUUGAAAGCCAUACUAUCAGAGCCAGAAACCAGUUUAUCUAUUGAGGUUUUUUUUUUCAUUGUUGUUCUUUUAAAUAUGCAGUGGCAUGUAAAAGUAUUCAGACCCCCUGAAAGUCAUCACCAUUUUCUGUUUUACAGAAGAUACCUACGCAUAUUUUCACAGUCAGCAUUGUCAUUGUGAACACUUAUGCUGUAGUACAUUUGUAAAGGCUAAAUAAGUUAUUUGUCUACUGAAAUUAAAAAUAAAUGAAAUAAAAACUAAAAUAUACUGCUUGCAUAAGUAUUCAACCCCUAUUCAUUAAUACUUUGUAGAGAACCCCUUUGCUGCGAUAACAGCCUUAAGUCUUCUGAAGUGAGACGGUACCAGCUUUGCACAUUGUUCCUGGACUGUAGUGCCACAAAUUCUCAGUAGGAUUUUGAUCAGGGAUUUGACUGAGCCGUUCUAGAAUGUUCACUUUACUGUUGAGCCACUCCAGGGUUGCUCUAGCCGUGUGCCUUGGGUAAAUGUCUGACUGGUAGGUAAUCCCUCUCCCAAGCCUUAGUUUUCAACAGACUGCAACAGGUGUUCAUGUGAGAUUUUAUUUCCAUUCAUCCUCCCUUCCAUUCUUAAAAGUUUCUGCAUCCUGCAGUCGAGAAAUAUUCCCACAGCAUGAGGUUAGCAGUGCCAUGACUGGGAUGGUGUUUCAUAAGGCACUGGCAGUGUGGCAAUUUACACCACAUGUAGUAUUUUGAGGAUUGGCCAAAAAGCUCUAUUUAGGUCUCAUUGGACCAUAAAACUCUUUAUUUCUGCUCCCCUCCAAUACAGUGCAGUUGUAUGAAUAGCUCUUAAGAUUGUGGACUCCUACACCUGAAGCCCAUUUCCAGCCAAUGAUUGUUUGGGAUGAUGACCUCUGUCACCAGUCAAUAUCUUCCUCAGAUGCCUGGUUUGGGGACAGACUUUUUUACAAAGCAUCUGGGUGGUGUGAUGCAAUUUCCACUUCAUUCAGUUAGAUCCAAUGAUGUUCAUUAGACAUCAAAACACAUGGAUACUUUCUUGGAGUCUUUUCUUCACCCAAAUAUUUGAAUCACCUUGUCUCUUCAGUGUAUUUCACAACUUGGCUGAUGACCCUUAGACAUAUUUUAUAUCUGAAAGGAGAUCUCUACUUUAACCACUCAUAGGUAGUACCUAGAUCAGCUUGUUAAAAAAGCACAGGGGUUUGAAUACUUAUGCAAGUAGUGUAUUUCAGUUUUGUAUUUAUUUAUUUUUAACAUUAAAAGACAAAUCACUUAUUUUGCCUUUAGAAAUACACUAUAAUAUAAAUGUAAUAUAAAAAUAGUCAUUGGAAAAUUAUUUGUAAGUAUCUCGUAACUGUGAAAAUGACGAUGCUUUUCAAGGGGAGUUGAAUAUUUUUGCAAGGCACUGUAUUACUUUAUCAUAAUUUUAAAAAUGUUUUUAUGAAGAAUUUCUAAACGUUUAAAAUACAAAUAGUAAUUAUCUAGGAGUACGGGAAAAGUACUUGUUAUCAAUAAAAGUUUUUUAAGUGAAUUUGCCAUUUGUUUGUGAACUUGAACAAAUCCAUCCCUUUGCUGUCAAUCACUUUUCACGGAGUUGGGUGUCUGUGAAAGGUGCGCGUGAGAAAGAAUGUAUCUCCCGGUUAGAUCAUUAGCGCGAGACGAAGUUUGUUCUGGAUUUCUCCCGUUUGCGCUGCGAUAUUGAAAUGCAGUCCACAUGUGCGCCCUUCUUAUACAGUAGAUCUACAGUGCCUUAUCUUGUACUGUUACGGAUUUAUAUCCCUUUGCAAAGCCUAAAUAGGCAAAUUCAUUAAGAUGAAAUGGUUGUCUAGUAAUCGCAGGUGUUGAUUAAAUGUAGCCGAUAAGUAACCUAUGUUUGACUUGGAAGGGAUAAACAAUUUGUUUUAGUAGAUCUGAUGGUAUAAUCUGAGACAAACGUAUGGCAUCUUUAUGGUUGAAUCUGGAUUCCCUCGAAAGUUUUUUUUUUUAAAUAAUCACGCAGGUCCCCAUCAACACUAUCUGAUUCGUUAUUUCAGUUACUUCGAUCCCAAAGCUAUGGCUCAUCUUUGGUGGGGAUAAAUUGAUCACAGACCCCAGAUGUGUUUUGAGGGAUGACAAGUGACUUUGGUUAGUCCACAUCAUAACCCUUUUAAGCUGGUCCAUCAGCAUCAAAUGGGCAGCGCCGACUGAAGAGGACAGCGGCAAGACUGCUGACCCUCCUCUGCUCACGUUUCCUAGCUAGUUCAGAUAUCUGUAAAAGACUUGUAGUGUAACGGGCUCUUUAAAAUAACGCGCAAUCUGACUUUGAAAGUCAUCGCCUAUAUCAGGCUGCAUUUUUAAACACGAUGUCCGUGUCUUGUGGCGUGAAGGGCAGGGCCCGUGUACUGUUUUAUUAAAAUCUCCUUUUUUUUAUCUCAGAACAAUUAAACAUGGUUUAUUGGUUUAACACAGCGGGCACUGAUUUUACUUAAACCAAAGCAAGUGCAGUUGGAAUACGUAGGGUUAUCCGUUUAGAAUUUUGGGUAGCGCUUAGGUCAGAUUUCUAGUUACUGUUGGUGAAAUUGGCUGGCCAUUGGCCACAAUUUUUUUUAACAUGUCAGGAGCCUAUCCUAGGUAGUACUCCAGUUUAACCAAAAUCCAAAAGCUGUCAGUUUAUUCAUCGUUUGGGGUCUUUAAUAAUGCUACAGGAUGGUUUCUCAAACGUGACAUCUCCUCCCUUGAGUUAGCUAAAAAUCUAUCUAAGAAUGAAUUGUAUCCCAACUGUUUUACUAUAUUGUGUUAAUUGAUUGGUGUGUAGACCUAUGUGUGUGUUUAGAGCAAAAGCAAAACUCAUUUGUCAGAUAUGGAUACACACCUUUGUUCUCCUUGUGGAAAACGCACUCACUGUAAACACCACACACACAGGUUGUAUGAUGAUCUUGAGGGGGGAGGUUUGAAUUAAAUAUUUUGAAAUUAAGAGGCCCACAGCGGCAUAAGCUGGACUUUGUCGCCCCUUGAAGACGAGAUGUUUAUACUCAAAACCAUCACGAUGUGUGUGUGCCCCCUCAGACUGUAUAGCCUACCGAGCAGUGAACGUGGAACUGGCAUUUGUAUUCUGCAGAAAAUUCAGUAAAGUUACUGGCUCUCUU